AUGGAAGUUGCAGACUGGGCCGCAGACCUGCACCUGCCUGCUUUACCGCUUUCUCAAAUUCCCUCUUUCCCUCCUUCCCUCUUCCCCUCGAGAGGCUUUCCUCCCACAGAGCCUCUUCCCAUUGGCUCCCAGCGCGCUGUCGAAAGGACGGGGCGGGGGAGGCUUUUCCCGAUCCACUCUUCCCAUUUGCUGGCCUUCCACACCCGCCCCUUCACCGGUGCCAUAGACCCGGACUUGACAACUGCUGCGAACAUCCGCCGACGACCGUCUUCCGAUGUGAAAUGUGACAGACUAGGGAGACAACAAACAACCCGUCCGACCUCACAAUUUCUCAUCGCCAUCCGGAUCUGCAUCACACACACACACACACACACACACACACACACACACACUUGCUGUCGCCCACGCAGAUGCUGCAUCAACCCUUGCCCCUUGCGCCCUCACCCUCGCUUUCGUGCUUCCUUGUCCUCAUCCACGCUCACACUCAUAAUCCAUCGCAUCGAGGCCCAGCUCUGCACCUGCGCACGCCGCCGACCUUUGAACUUUUGCCUACAUGCACUAUGCUGUUGUGUCCUUGGCGGAUGGACGAAUGUUGUGUCCGAAGUGAUGCAGUCGCUAAACAAACGCCUGGUUGCGCUCGCACUGCUUCCAUCCUCCCGGCACCUGCUGGUCAAUCGAGGUCUUGCUCUAGUCCACGCACGGAAGGUCAACUGUUCAGUGCCGUUUCGAAUUCUGGCCAGGCUCGUUGCUGUGCACGUCGAAUCUAUCUCGUUGGGGCACCGAAGCAAGCUAGAAGAACUUUCUCCUGCUGCUGCCGUGGGAGCCUACCGCCCCGUCAUCUAUCUGUACCGUAUCACAAGAUCGGACGCCACUGACUGCGCGUUGACACAAACAAGCGUCGGCUACCCAACGAUCCCGGCAUCACUAAUCAUCAAUCAAUCAACCCAUCACAUCCUAUCACGGUGCUGUCCCGUUGCCCUGUGCGCCAGAGCACAUGUCCGCCUGCAGACUGGACAGGACGAUCUUCCCAAUGGCCGUGUUGCGCCGCUGCUGACACUUGUGUGUCUGCUUGCCUCGGCCAGCACGGCCUUUCACUGGCUGUCGCCGUCUAUGAUGAGCAAACUGCACAAUGAGGUGCUCCUGUUUCCUUGGAGGACGUCCGAACUGUAUCCUCCACAGCUCGCUCGCCUCGCCGACGCAUCCAGAUGCAAUUUGAACCGCUCGGCAUUGCAAGCGCCAGCAGCAUGCGCGAUCAUGACUGGCUGCCGUUCGCAAAUCGAUCUUGCUUCCUGUCUGCACAUCGUCCCGCGCCCCAAGGUCACCACAGGGUCUUUGUUAUCGCCCUCUUAUUUGCCCCAGUCAACGGUGCUCAUAAUCACACUGCGGGCAGCGACUGAGCCAUGCCCACACCAUGGCCAUCCGUGGGUCGAAUGGGACUUUCGGGCUGCUGUGGAGGCUGCCUUGUCAUACCCACACGGUCCAGGUCCGGUCUGA